AAGAUAAUACGAGAGAGAACAAGAGAGAAAGAGAAGGCCCGGAAAAAGAAAGAUGGGGAGAGGGAAGAUAGAGAUAAAGAGGAUAGAGAACUCAAACAACAGGCAAGUUACCUACUCCAAGAGAAGGAACGGGCUCAUCAAGAAGGCCAAGGAGAUUUCUGUUCUGUGUGAUGCUCAAGUCUCUGUGAUCAUCUUUGGUAGCUCCGGGAAGAUGCAUGAAUACUGCAGCUCUAACACCUCAUUGGUUGAUAUAUUGGACCAGUAUCACACACAGUGUGGAAAGAGGCUUUGGGAUGCUAAGCAAGAGAAUCUGAGCAAUGAACUAGAUAGGAUCAAAAAGGAGAACGACAACUUGCAGAUUCAGCUCAGGCACCUGAAAGGAGAAGACAUAACAUCACUGAACCACAGAGAGCUGAUAAUCCUAGAAGACACUCUUGAAAACGGCCUCGGAUGUGUCCGAGACCAGAAGGACGAAGUUCUGAUGACGCACAGGAGAAAUCAAAAGCAGCUGGAGGAGGACGCUAAGGAGCUCCAUUUCUAUGCGCAACAAAAAGACAUGAUGAUGGCCGAAACUGGUAGAGCUGGGAACGACGGUUACCAUCAAAGAAUGAAGGCUGACUUCGGCCCUUCCACCUACCAGGUGCAACCGAUCCAGCCAAACUUACAGCGAAGGUUCUAAAAACUCCUCUCGAGACGAAGGUCGACAUUCCUAUGGGCUUGCUAUAGUGUCACCGUGCAUGAAGUCUCUUAUCUUAUAAAAUGUUGAUGCGAAACAUAGAGCGCAAAUGGAAUAAGAUAUGUGUAUGCAUUGAUAUAAUUGAAGCGCCUCAGCUUGAACCGACUGUUUGUGCGCUUGAGUAUUUGAACAUGUCCUAGUGCUUCAGGUUGGCAGUCCCAUGAAUAUGGAUGC